CAACGAACUCAACACCACUCUAAUUCCUUACAUCGCGCAUUUGAACAGCAGUGCCAUCGUCUCCGCAAUAUCGCCAUGUACUCUAAUACCGUCCCGUCUAUACGGGCUGAACGCUAAACGCUCCCAUAGGGUCCAGUCACCCGUACCCACUCUCGGCCGACCAUAACCUGGAACGUGAGCGAUGUCGACCGCCGUCAACCGAAAGCGUUUGGCUUGCUCGGCAUGCACAAGACGUAAGGUCAAGUGCAAUAAGGAGAUCCCGUGUAAUAACUGUAUACGAAAAGGCGUUCAAGAUGCUUGUACGCGGGACGACGAUGUCGACAAACCCCAGUUCCCUCGAGAUCAAUCGGUCGUGCACCAUGAAGCCACACGUCAUGAAAUACCUCAUACCUCUUCAUAUGGCUCUCAUACUGGUAGUGAUCCAAUAGUAGUAGAUGGCUUGCGGCGGCGCAUCGCGGAGCUCGAAGCUGCUCUUCAAGGCAAUAACACCAGUACCGGUCGCCAUGUACCUGAACGGCAUCUCGGAGUAGCCACACCAACAGCGCCGGUUGCACCUAUGAAACCACUUCCCGCCUUGCAGCGAAAUCACACCGAACCCUCAGCCAAAACACACCUGAACACAUCCGAAAUAGAAGAUGCCGCCACCAUACUGGAGUUCCUUGCCUGGGGCCGUAGGAAGAAUCCCGAUUAUAACACAGUCGCCUCUUCGCAAAGUCACUAUGGAAUAAACCGAACAGGCGAGCUUGGUGAUGCGCGUACAACACUAUCGCUAGACAACAUUGAGCCAAUUGAGCAUUCUCAACUCAGUCUACUACAAUUGCUGCUACCUGAUCCGCGUCAGUUGUGGUAUCUUGUGGAGUAUCACCUUCUUCAUGUUCUGUGGUACCAUGGUUCUUUCUUCGGUCCCACCUUUAAGAAACAGCUUGAGGACUUCUUGGGCACUCACAACGGGUCCAUUGUACAGGAAGGCGUCGACCUACAAUGGGUCGCGCUACUUUUCUCCGUCUUGACUGUUAGUCUCGCGUCCGCGCCUGGUAAUACUGCCAGAAUGUGGGGUUUCCAGGAGAAAGAGCAGGAAAUGUUAUCUAAGAGGUGGUUCAGAGCAGUCAUGAUCUGCCUAAACAUUGGCGAGUAUACGAUGCGUCAUUCCGUACACUCGGUACAGGCCAUAGCCACUCUGACACUGGCUGCUCACACUCUCGGCUAUUCAAAUAAUCAAUCGGUCCUGCUAGCCGCAGCAACAAAAUUGGCCCAAGGCCUAGGUCUACACAAACUAAACAACGAGGCUCGUGGUAGUGUCGUAGAGAAGGAGACCGGUCGACGAACCUGGUUGCAACUGUGUACACAGGAUUGGUUUUCGAUACCAUUCUCCGAAGCAUAUCUCAUCAACCCUCUCUACUCGACAUCUGAGCUACCUAAAAACUGUAACGAUGAUGACAUGGAAAGCCUUCCAGAGUCGAUACCAACCAUGACAAGUUUUUGUCGUGUACACAGCAGACUUGCGGCUCUGAUGCCUCGGUUACAGGACGCUUUGAGCGAAAACAACACGCCAUAUACGAAAUAUGAACAGGUCAUCAGGUUUGACAAGGAGAUACGUAAUGUCUUUUCGUCUGGUAAUCCUUUAUUCCAGACUGAUAUACCCAUGGAGCGCAAUUGCCCCCAUUUCGUGCCCUGGGCGCGGAGGGCGCUGGCCAUCAGCGGCAAUCACAAGAUCAUUAUGGUGCAUCGGAAAUUUCUGGGGCCAAGCUUCACCAACCCUGCAUUUGCCUUCACCCGGAGGACUUGCCUCAAUUGUGCGAAGACCAUUAUCAGGGAGUACAAAGCUGUCGUACGGGAGGAUGGGCCUGUUUUCUGGAUUCAUCAGGCUUUCUCAGUCGCUGCAGCAAUCAUACUCAGUCUCGACAUUCUGUAUCGUCAGCCUGCGGACAAGGAAUACGGUGAACACCGUCGCCUGAUCGAGGAGGCCAAUGAGAUUCUACAAAACUGUCAUAAUAGCAUGAUAGCCAUCCGAGGUGCUCGUCUCCUGACUGCCCUGCUUAAGGAGGCCGAGCGCGUAGCCCGUCAGGCCCCGGAAUUUGACAGCAACAAACGCAAAGCCGACACCCAGGACCACGACGGCGCCUCAACCAAACGUGUGCGUGGCUUCGACGUCACAAACUUCGUCAAGCGCUACUCUGAGGGCCACGGCAAGAAAGCCUCUGAACAGCAACAACCCGAUGCAUCCCGUCAACAUCCAACUGUUCAGCAACAACACCACGAAGUGCGAAACCAACAUCACCUAAACAACAAUACACAUGCCCCUGCCACAGCCCACCCUUACUAUGCACGAGCCCCGCCGCCCCCGGCACCCCCCGCACCCGAGAACGACAUUUCCCAGGCCGUGCCAUAUGCAAACACGUUCAAUCCGCAGUUCCCAAAUACCUUUUUGCCCAAUCCAACGAACCAGGUAGAGCUGGAUCCUACACUACGAAACCCACAGGACGAUAUGCAUGGGGGCAUGGCAUAUGCAGCGAAUCCAUAUAACAAUAGUGGUGAUCUUGUUGGGCCAGAUUCGUUUUCGAAUCUAUUAUAUCUUGCGAAUAAUGAUGUUUCGUUCAAUCUUUGGUAACGAUAAUUAGGAUGGGAAAGCAUCGGGUCUAUCUUGGAGUGGUUUUACUCGGUAUGGCUAUAUAUCGGGAUUAUGACAGGUGACGAGCGCGGCAAUACGUGUAGUAUUGCUUGAUCGAUACUAUGGACUCAGGGUAUCUGUAUUCGGUCUAUAGAACUUUUGAAGUAGAUAUGUGUGACCUCGAACUUCACGUCAUGCCAUUUUGAAUAUGGCAUCCAGUAUUCGGUCCAUUGACAACGAGGCACCCGCAUCAAUAUAUGCAUUGAUAUGCAUGUAGAUGCAACUUCCAUCACGACCGUG